AAAAGGAAGAGAGAGUAAAUUAAAAAUGAGUGUAGCAAUGGUUGAUUCUUCCAGCAGCAAUAUUAAACGUCCAUUGGCAAAUUUUCACUCAACUGUUUGGGGAAAUUAUUUCCUCUCUUACACUCCUCAACUCACGGAAAUUAGUGUCGAAGAAAAAAUUGAACUUGAAGAGUUGAAAGAAAAAGUCAAGAAAAUGCUAAUUGAAAUACCAAAUAAUUGUACACAAAAACUUGUCUUGAUUGACGCAAUCCAACGACUGGGAGUUGCAUAUCAUUUCAAAAAUGAGAUUAAGACAUCCCUUCAGAAUAUUUUUGAUGAGUCAGAACAAAGUAAAAAUGAAGAUGAUGACGAUCUUUAUAUUGUUGCUCUUCGUUUUCGACUAGUGAGACAACAAAGGCAUUACAUGUCUGCUGAUGUGUUCAAGAAAUUCACAGACCAUGAUGGAAAGUUCAAGAAAAAUCUUACUAAAGAUGUUCGGAGAUUAUUAAGUUUAUAUGAAGCAACACAUCUACGAGUACACGAUGAAGAGAUUCUCGAAGAAGCUCUAACUUUUACCAUCACUCAUCUAGAGGCCAUGGUCCCAAAAUUGAGCAACUCACUCAAGGCCCAUGUUAGUGAAGCCUUAAGCCAGCCCAUUCAUACAAAUCUACCAAGGUUGUUAGCAAGAAAAUACAUAGGUAUGUAUGAGAAGAUUGAAUUGUGUAACGAUUUGCUUUUGAAAUUCGCGAAAUUGGAUUUCAAUAUUCUACAAAAGUUGCAUCAAGGAGAGCUUGGCGAGCUUACAAGGUGGUGGAAAAAUCAAGAUUUCGCGAAGCAAUUUCCAUAUGCUAGAGAUAGAUUGGUGGAGUGUUACUUUUGGGUAGCUGGUGUGUACUUUGAACUUCAACAUAGUCGUGCAAGAAAAAUGAUGAUAAAAUUAUUCACGACAUACGUCAUUAUUGAUGACACAUAUGAUGCUUAUGCAACCUAUGAUGAACUUGUGGCUUUCACAAAUGCAAUCGAUAGGUAAACUAUACACUAAUGAUUUUCUCACGCGUUCAAAUGAGUAGGAAAAUAAAAUGUGUCAAGUACAUGUUACUAUUAUGAGAUGAUUUGUAUAAAUAAGAAAUUUUAGCUUGUAACUUCGAUCCAAACUCUUAACAUGCAGAUGUGAUGACAUAAGUGCCAUUAAUUUAGUAUCACCCAAUUUGAGACCUGUUUAUUGAACUCUUCUAGACCGUUAUGAUGAAAUAGAAGAAGAAUUGACCAAAGAAGGUAAAUUGGAAUGUCUCUACUAUGCAA